AAGUUCCUUUUCGUUCAAAUGAACUCCAUGUGAGCAAAACGGCAACUCGGCAGCAAUUUUCAAAUUGAAAUUAACGCGUCUCUCUGGAUUACGGUUAUUCUCAAAGCCCUGUUAUUUAAUCAAUAUAAAGCAAUGUAUAAACCACGUAGAACUUCGGAGUUUCAUGAUGAGAUUCGCGAGGAUGGCGGUUUUGCAAAAACACGACAGACAAGAUCGACGUUGCGCACUUCUUCGACGCCCAUGAAUAAAGCGGGAAUGCUCAGCCAGUGGCAGCUGCAGACAAACAGUCGAGCCACUUAUGGGCAGGAACGCGGCACACCAAUGCGCACGGGUCCGCCAAUUACUACAGCCAAGCGCAGUGCGCUUAGUUUAAGUGUGACGCCAUUACGCGCGCACCAGGCCUCAUCUGUUGAACGAGCGGGACCGCUGCAUUCUGACAAGAAAUGGGUGCAGGAGCAAACACAGAUAAUAAGCGAGCAACUGAACGAGAUGAUGCAUAUAAAGCCAAUCGCAGGAUUCUCUACAGACUUUUUCAGUCGAGGAGCCGCUUCGCUGCGCCAAAUGACCAAGAAACAGUUUGUGGGAAUUGUGAAUUACUUUUUGCAAUUCAUAUGGCCCAAUCGCAAGAUUGUGGAUGACACCAAGCAUGUAGAGGACAUAACUAGCGCACUGGCCAAGCUUAAUUAUCCAUAUCAAGUGAAUAAAUCCUGGCUAAUUACUCCAACCACUCAAUCCUCAUUUGGGCAUGUGAUUGUGUUGUUCGACUUCCUCAAGGAUUUUGUGCCAGAGCUCACAACUGAACACGAAGCAGAGUUCCCAUUUAUGGAGACUAACGAGCAUCCCAGCUACUUGCAGAACACGCAAGACUCUGUGAUGCUAUCCACUACCGCAGGCUCCACCGUGCAGCUGGACGAGGAAAUUAACUCUUUGCUGUUCUCCAAAUCCGCGGAAUGCUUUGCUUUGUGGGAUGACAACAAAAGCGAUGAGUAUGCGUUGCUAAAGCGCAAAAUUAGCGAUCAGAUAGUACAACGAAUUUGCGGUCUACCUGACACUGAUACGCUGGACGCAGAUUGUGCCAAGCUAAUCGAGCAGCUGCAAGUGUUAGACAAGCAGCUGCAGGUGCCCAAUAAUCUGCAGGCAGAGCUACACUCGGCUCGCACUCGGGAGCAGCAAUUGCAACAUGAGCUGCAGACGCUGCAUGGUAAAAUUAAGAGCUAUAAGGCACAAAUAAAGGAGCUAAAUGCACGCGCAGCACAGAAUGCUAACAACAUUAAGACGUUGCACCAGAAUCUAAAGCAAGUGAAGCGGCAUAUAGAGACGCAGAAGUAUACAGUAGAGCAGGUGGAACAGUUGCAAGUGCAGUUGGUGGACUUGAAGAACAAGACGCAAUUCCAUGUGCGUCAACUUAACGAUUUGGGCAAGCACAGUGACAAGCAGCAAGUGCGACUCUCACGCGUUAAAAAGGAACUGCUGGACCAUGUGGAAAAGUACAACAAGCAAGCACAGAACAUAGCGCUGGACUCGGACAUUGACAAAACCAUAGAGCUCAAGCAGCUGGUGUUGAUGUUAUCGUUCCCGCCGCAGCUGGAGAGCAUACAGGACUGUCGCCAGCGUCUGACCAAACUGUCGGCUCUGCUAAAGCAGCACAAUCUGCAAUUGAAGGAGCGACUGCGCCAACUGGAGCUCUACUAUAACGAAAGAAUGUCUAAUAAUGAACAACUUGAAGCACGUUUGACCAGCAGCAAGGCGCUACUAAAGACUCAAGAGCAGCAGCUGGCCGAAUUGCAGCAAAUGCGCAAGGCGAAGGCGAGCAAAUGGCAACAGUAUCUGCAGCAGCUAAACGACCGCAAAGCGCAGCAGGCUACGUCCAUUAUAAAGCUGCAACAGCAGAAUGAUGAGUUGACACGCCAGCUGGAGUCCUUGAAAAAAAAUAAUUUAGGUAUUGUCAGUGCUGGUGAGCUGCGGCAGCAGGAACAGUUGAAGGCCAAGGACAAGUACAUCAAGGAGCAGACAGCGCUGCUGUCGGAAAUCGAGGAUAAGGCACAGCAGCUGAGGAUGGCCAUGGAGCAGAACGAAAAGCUGCUGAACAAGGCUGAAGAGCUCUUGGACAGCAUUCAGCUGACUCCAUACAAAGAUCAGCUAGCUGACAUGUUCAAUAAGAAGAAAGAAUCCUAAUUGCAUAUACAAGCAGCUGACCAGGGGUAAAGAGCUCUUGGGCAGCAUUUCGCUAUCUUCAUGCCAAGAUUAGUAUACAGAUACAAUUACAGUUUGAGCUGCAAACACUGCAUGCUACGAUUAAGAGCCAUAAGUAUCGGAUAAAGGAGCCAAAUACAUGCUGAAUUCAUCACAAUAUGAAGAAACAAGGCUAAUUGCAUUUACAUACAUAUUAUCAACUUUUAAUUUUCGUAUAAGGAAACUUUGCAGAUAAGCUAAUUACAUUUGUUUUUUUUUUUAUAUCAAUAGUAUUUAUGAUUAUGCUGAAUAUAUACAUGAAUUUGUUAAUAAGUUUUAUGUUAAAUUCUUGUCUUGUGCUUAUCAGCUUUGGGCUAUCGGCAAAUAUCAUUAGGUGUGAGAGAGAUAGGUUCCGAGAGAGCGAGAGUAUGGCAAGCUUAAGAGCAACCUCGGCGCGUGCUUCUCUUCUCUUAAGUGUGCUAACUGCAUAUUGUACAUAUUGGCGUCUCGCUCACACUUGUGUUAGUUACAAAUUGCACAUGGAUUGAUAUAACUUCAUACUGUGUUGGUUUCUUCUUAUUGUAGUC